AUGGUUAACGUAAGACUGGCUGGGAUGUGUGUACUUGGAUUUGCCAAUGGUUUGGGAAUGAUUAAUGUGGCGAAGCUGUUAGGAUAUUAUAGUGAAUCUGCUGGAGUGUAUCAGAGUGGAGUUAAUUCUGCGACAGCUGCGGCCUCCAUUUUAUACACAGGUUUGACAACGUGGUUAUGCGUAUCACCUCGCAAUGCUAUUGCCAUUUUGAGCCCUCUUUCUCUAUUCCCACUCUUGAUGUAUGCGUUUCUUGAUAAAGAACCACUAAAAACCUACAAGAACUCUACAAAGGACAUCGCGUAUCAACCUUUGGACGACAAAGAGAAUAAUGACCUCGUCACUCAACCCGGAAAAACGAAGUCUAAAGAAUCGACCAUUCRAUGUCAACUCAAGUUCCUAUUCAAUAURUUUCGUGUUUGUUACUCCCGAGGCACGGUGAAUUUUUUACUGAUGAUAACCCUUGCUGCCAUUCUUUCUACUGUGACAUUUAAAUCCUCUCCCUUCCCCCCUCGGGAUCACUAUCAGUAUUACCGAUUCGUAAGUGAUCUUGGUGUAAUGCUCGGAGGGAUAGAAUUAUCUCUCGCGUCCUUCUUUUGCUCUCGUUUCCUGGACACCAUUAAGAUUCGUCGUAUCUGGAUCUUACUUCUGUUGGUUGCUUGUCAYAUGUUGGUAUUUCUGUUAGUUUCCUGGUUUCACUACACAGACAACGUCUACAUCAUUUUCAUCUUGUGUUUCACCCAGGGAGUAGUGGCUGGUUGCGCAAACGUCCACAUCUAUGCUUUGGCAGCCGANUGGAUCUAUUUCCCAACUCAUGUCCUGUUGUGGAUAGCAACAGAGGAUAUCUUAGCUGGCUCCUUGCAAGCUACAGCCAUAGUUCUGAUUGUCUUUAUUGUUCCUGACAUCAGUGUGACAUACUUAGCAAAGCCGCCAAUGGAUUGUGGAGAGAAUCUCAUUCCUGACAGCAUUUAUCCUCCAUGCAGUUUUUUGCUGUUCAAUUGA